AUGGGAGGGGACAGCGGCAAUGGUGAUAUGCUGAGGCGGCACGAGAUGGAGACAAGAGGAUGGAGUGGGUGGAAUAGGGAAGCAGCAUGGGGACGCAAGGAAGGAGAGGGAGGAGUCAGAAGUAGAGGAAAGGAGGAAGUGGCAAACAUGCUCUUCCUUGAGAGCCCUGCUGGUGUUGGCUUCUCAUACUCGAUCAGAACAUCAGAUUACAAUAACACUGGUGACAGGAGCACUGCAGCAGAUGCAUAUACUUUCCUCAUCAAUUGGCUUGAGAGGUUCCCAGAGUACAAGGGCCACAGCUUCUUUUUAACUGGUGAAAGUUAUGGCAGCCACUACAUACCACAGCUCGCCAACACUAUUCUGUCAAAUAACAAAAUCAUGAACACCACUAUGAUCAAUCUCAAAGGAGUUGCUGUUGGGAAUGCAUACCUGGAUGAUGACACAAACACAAGAGCAACCAUCGAUUACUACUGGACACAUGCUAUGAUCUCCAAAGAAACUCACACCGCAGUCCAGGAAAAUUGCGGCUUUAAUGGAACAUACACAGGACUCUGUAGAACCACGAUAGAAGCCGCUAACAAUGAGAAGGGCCUUAUCGAUGAAUCCAACAUCUAUCCACCGUUCUGCUGGGAUGCUUCUGAUCCCCAAAAGCAGCAUGCCUCGGUAACCAACAAUAACCCCUGUGCCAGUUACUAUAUGCGAUCGUAUCUGAACCGCCAAGAGGUGCAGAGAGCACUUCAUGCUAACACCACAAGAUUGAAACAACCAUGGUCGGAUUGCAGUAAUAUCUUUUCUCCUGAAAAUUGGAAAGAUGCCCAAGUCUCUAUGCUACCAUCUAUUCAGAAAUUAAUUUCAAGUGGAGUUAGCACAUGGCUGUAUAGUGGUGAUAUUGAUGCCAUUUGCCCAGUAACUUCAACGCUGUAUUCACUAGACAUCCUGGGGCUGAAGAUAAAUUCAUCACGGCGGGCAUGGUAUUCUGAUGAUGGUGAGGUUGGAGGCUAUGUUGUUGAGUACAAAGGUCAGAUAUUCGCAACAGUCCGAGGAGCUGGACAUAUGGUUCCUACCUACCAACCCCAAAGAGCGCUCACCUUGUUCUCGUCAUUCCUGAAUGGGAAGCUGCCACCUGAGUGA